AUGACCCCCAAUAAAACACCUGUGGGUGACAUCAAGCUAGACGAUAACACUGAGACCAAUUAUCCGAUCAAUACGUCUGGCGGGGAGCCAACUGAGAAUCACGCAGACACCGACCUCGACACACAAUACAAGAUACAUGAGUAUGAUACUCGACAUGCAGAGUUGAAGCAACGGCUGAUGCAAAUAUGGGGUGAUGAUGUUGAGUAUGUUGCUCGGGGUGAGGAGAAUGCGAAUUGGCUUCAGAAGAUAACGUACACAUGGGUAAAGAAGUACAUCCGCACGGCCGUCAAAGAAGAGUUAACGUUGGAGGGCCUUCCCACAGCUCAAAGUGAUCACAGAGCACAUAAAUGCGGUCGGCAACUUUCAGCCGUAACGGCCGAAAGCUACUACCGCCGCCAUCUGUGGGAUCCCAUUGUGGGGGCUGGGGUUUCGAGGAGAGGAGAUUCUCAGAGCCGUGGGACGCUACGAUGGGUUGGUGUACUUCAGUCAGGCCGAUACAAAGAGGUAAUGGCCGCAGUGACCUGGCAAACACCACCCCUGCAGCGGCUUUCCGAGCACGAGAAUGGUGUGUCACCUUUCUUUAGCGGCGCGGUACACGGUGAAGUGCUUUUUCCUCCGGAAGCAAGUAACAACUCCACAAUGGAGAAACCGGAGGAUUUGCAGCUGCUCGGUUGUGGGUCGGUCUCAGCUAACGUUGUGGAUCAACUCGCAUUCCCUGGGCGAAUAUCAGCUGCACGCAACCUUUUCAAUGCAAAACGGGGAAUCAUACUAUGGCAGUUUCCUCUCAGAGUCCUUGGUGACCUGCUAACCCUCACUGUUCCGUUGAUUUUAAAGGAAUACGUCCGAUACCUCGAUGCCCCUUCACACACGUGGGGGAGAGGCAUGCUUCUUGCCUUCGGCCUAUUCGUGGCUCACUGUGUGCAAUCCGUUGUGUUACACUGGUUCUACCACAUGGGCAUAAAGGGCGGACUGUGCUGGCGGAGCGCCCUGUCGGCUGUCAUACUGGAGAAGUGUUUCGUUAUAUCUCCCAAGGCGUUAGCUCUUCCAGAGAUGAACACAGGGCGUAUCCUUAACAUGCUGACUACUGAUGUGGAGCGUGCCAACGAGUUCGUGCAGUUAUGCUUGUACCUAUGGAGCUCACCCGUCAUAUUCAUUGCGUCGACAUUUCUCUUGUACAGUUUGGUUGGGUGGAGCGCACUGGUUACUGUUGUGGUUCUCCCACUAACAUUGACCCUAAAUGGAUACAUCGUACGGCAAGCCAUGAAAAUACAGCGGAAAAUUAUGAAAGUUGCCGACUCUCGCGUGAAGGCCACUAACGAAUUUAUUUCUGGUAUUCGCAUUGUGAAAUUCAUGGCAUGGGAACCUUCCUUCAUCGCGGCCAUUGAGAAGCAAAGGGACACGGAGCUGAGGUACCUCAGGCGGCUGCAGCGGUGCCACACACUUACGUCCUUCCUUAACAAUGCGAUGCCACCGCUUACGAUCGCCAUCGUGUUUGUUACGUACCAUCUUCUCGGUAACAAGCUCACACCUGAAGUCGUUUUCCCAACACUGAUGCUUCUUUCAGUGAUACGCAUGCCAUUCCUGUUGCUCCCCAUGACGUUGAGGACCGUCACGCAGUUUGUCAUUUCAAUGAAACGUGUUUCUGUCUUCCUCGAGUGCGAGAACACCGUGAAGGGUGUGGGUGACGUUACUGAACUUCUUGCCACACAGAAGAACGCCCCUCCGUGCUGGUGCGAAGCCGCUGCCGUGUUUGACAACGCGGAGGUAACAGCGCUCUUUCCAGUAAAACUACCGCGUAUUCCCACCGUCGUUACCUCACUUUGUGGUCGUAUAAUGGCGCGGCUAUGCUGCUGUGGAGCAUGCCAACCUAAACGGCAUUCACUUUCACCUCUGGAGGUGAUUGACAGCGAGGAUGAGGGAGAAGGCUCCGCACAAGCAGGGAACGAAAAGCCUCCGGGGCGACCCGGAGGUAACCAGAAACAACCGUCGCCUGAAGAAACUCCACGAGGCGUCAAUAAAAAGGUUGGAGAAGCGCGCUACCAGCUAAGGCCGAAAAAACUCCUUAGAGACAUUAGCAUUGAGGUGCCAAAGGGAAAACUUACUGUUGUGCUUGGUGCCACGGGAAGUGGUAAGUCAACACUACUAGAGACGCUGUUGGGUAACUUUGAGGUGACGCAUGGCAGUGUGUUAGCAGCGAAGAGCUUUGCAUACGUUCCACAACAACCGUGGAUCAUGAAUGCAACGCUACGCGACAACAUCCUUUUUUUUACUCCGGAAAACGAAGAACGACUGCAUAAAGCCGUGCGUGUGUGCCAACUGGAGGCAGAUUUGCAGCAGCUCCCUGCCGGGAUGGAAACAGAAAUUGGAGAAAAAGGAAUCAACCUGAGCGGCGGUCAAAAGGCGCGGGUAAGUCUUGCUCGCGCAGUAUACGCUGACCGCGACUUUUAUAUACUGGAUGAUCCUCUUUCCGCACUCGAUGCGCAUGUGGGCGAACUAAUCGUACGGGAUUUGAUUCUGGGCCAUUUGGCAUGUAAGACUCGGGUGCUGGCGACACAUCAGUUGCAUGUCUUACCACACGCUGAUUUUGUGGUUGCCAUGGAGGAUGGCACCGUGAAAUUCGCUGGGGAGAGCAAGGACUUUAUGCGAUCACCUUUAUGCAAAAAGCUUGCUGCUGAGGGCUGUGAGAGAAAACACGAGGGAUCAAGUGACAGGGAGGUAGACGAAAGUGAUAUACUGGAUGGCAAGCCGGUACACUCGAAUGGCAACGAGCCCACGCAAGAUGGUGGAAAUGAGGGUGGUGAAAAGAAGAAUACGGAGGCUGUGGAUGGACGGCUCACCCUGAUGGAAGAGAAAGCUGUUGGGUCUGUGCCGUGGAAAACAUACAAGAGGUAUGUUGGUGCAUGUGGCGGCGGAUGCAAAGCUUUGUUGGUUAUUUUUACCUACUUCUUCACAGAGUUACUUACCGUAGCAGCUAAUCUGUGGUUGUCUAUGUGGUCUACUAAUAAGUUCAAACUUGAUGAAACAACGAAUUUGUACGUGUACUUGGGCAUUGUUAUCGCUGGGACUAUUUCCGUACCACUGCGCUACACAACGACGUUUGGUUCGAUGCGCCACGGAUCACGUACCCUCCACAGGUUUCUUCUACGAUCUAUUUCCACUGGAAAAAUGUCAUUCUUCGAUACGACACCUCUGGGCCGCAUUGUAAACCGAUUCAGCCGUGAUAUUGACCGGCUUGACAACUCACUUCCAAUGACGUUCAUAUUUUUGAUGCAGGUGACAUUUUCGAUUAUAUCGGCGAUAGCGGUGUAUAUCGGAUCACAACCCUACGUCCUUGUUGCCCUAAUCCCAGUCUGCUACGUAUACUAUAGGCUAACUUUGUUCUACAGUGCUUCCAACAGGGAAAUCCGGCGUGUUGGAAGCACCGCAAAGGCGCCCUUAAUGUCAUUAGUGGGUGAAGCGCUUGUCGGCUCUAGCACGAUAUCGGCAUAUGGUUGUCAGACUGCGAUUAUGAAGAAAGCACUAGCGUACAUCGACCUUGUCUACGCCUCCUCACUUCUAGAGAAUGCAGCAAAUCGGUGGAUUGGCUUGCGUGUGGAGUUUCUGAAUACUGUGGUUAUUCUGGUCAUCGCUCUUACUGGUGUCAUUGGAGCGAUGUUGGGUGUUGAUUCACACGACAUUGCCCUCGUGUCUCUCAGUCUUACAAUGGCGCUGAUGACAACAGCUGCUCUGAACUGGCUCGUGCGUAUGUGCGGUUCGAUGGAGGCUGAUAUGAAUAGCGUUGAGCGUAUCCUAUACUAUACAGACAACAUUGAAAACGAGGACAUGCCUGAACUAGACGAGCUCGUUCGGGCGGCGAAGAAAGCGGAGGAAACGACACCGAGACCAAAAGCGUCAAGUGCCACGACGACUGCGGUACAUGUGCCAGUAAAUGGUCCAGUCGAAAGAAACGUAGUACCAGGCUGGGUGGAGUUUCGUGAUGUGGACCUGCGCUACCGUGACGGGUUGCCGCUUGUGUUGAACAAAGUCUCUUUUCGUGUGAACCCUGGGCAGAAGGUGGGCAUCGUUGGCCGCACUGGGAGUGGCAAGUCGACCCUGCUGCUCACUUUUAUGAGGAUGAUUGAUACGUGUGGUGGUGAGAUUAUUGUUUCUGGCCGCCCAAUAGCAUCGUAUGGACUGCGCGAGUUGCGUCAGCUGUUCUCAAUGAUCCCACAAGAUCCGGUGCUGUUCGAUGGGACGGUGGCAUCCAACCUCGAUCCCUUCAGCCAGGCUACACCAGAAGAGGUGUGGCGCGCACUGGAGUUGGUGGGAAUGCGUGGACACGUGGCUGCGGAGAGUGGUGGUAUUGAAGCUCGUGUGCAGGAGGGAGGUUUGAACUACAGCGUUGGCCAACGUCAGCUUCUUUGCCUUGCCCGUGCCCUACUGAAGCGUGACAGUGCCUUCAUUCUCAUGGACGAGGCAACCGCUAAUAUUGAUCACGCACUUGACAAGCAGAUCCAGAACACCGUGAGGACUGCCUUCGCUAACCAUACUGUUAUAACAAUUGCCCACAGACUUCACACUGUGGCGCAGUAUGAUAAGAUCAUUGUCAUGGAUAAUGGCGUGGUUGCCGAGUGUGGUGCCCCCCGUGACCUUGCCUUGAGCACCUCUUCGAAGUUCAGGGAGCUGCUCAACUCUCUAGGGACUAAUGAAGUGAAAAAUUUCAUGGCAGUUGUGGAAGGGGCCGCUGCUUCACGUAGCAGCGGGUAG